AUGGCAUCGCAGCUUCUCACCCGUGUGUUGCAGCGGGGACUGCCUCCCUCAGCCAGUCUUCGGUCGAGCAUCCGCCCGGCCGUACAGGCUCCCCUGGUACAGGCAAGCCUCGCAUUGAGCAGCAGCAACAAAUCUACUCCUCCCGCCCCAUUACAAGAACCCAAGACGAGCUUCUCAGAAGUCUUGGACAGGGCGACGAACAUUUUCUUCCUGACCGAGUUAAUGCGUGGCUUUUGGCUGUCCUUCGAGGUAUCGAUGAAGCCAAAAGUGACCAUCAAUUACCCUUUUGAAAAGGGACACCUCUCACCGCGCUUCCGAGGAGAGCACGCCCUCCGCCGGUAUCCGAACGGAGAGGAACGCUGCAUUGCGUGCAAGUUGUGCGAAGCCAUUUGCCCUGCGCAGGCCAUCACUAUCGAAGCAGAGCAACGGGCGGAUGGGUCCAGGAAGACCACCCGGUACGACAUCGACAUGACCAAGUGUAUCUUCUGUGGCUUCUGCCAGGAGGCUUGCCCGGUGGAUGCCAUUGUCGAGGGUCCUAAUUUCGAAUUUGCAACGGAAACGCACGAAGAGCUCUUGUACGACAAGGAGAAGCUUCUGGCCAACGGGGAUAAAUGGGAGGUGGCGAUUGCGCGGAACUUGGCAGCCGAGCAUCUGUACCGAUGA